UUGCUUUCACUUUCGCAUGAGCAAGAAUAUUGUCAAGUCUCCUUAUAAACACCAUCCGUGUUUGAGCAAAGAAGACGUUGAGUUGAAGUUCACUAAACUGUUGUUAUUCUUUCACUAAAAUUCAACUAUUUUCUCUAAUUACCAGCAGAUAAAGAUGGAUGAAAAAAGAGGGAGAGAUGUAAACCAUAAGUGGACGUGGGUGAGCUUGAAGAGAGAAUCCAAAGCUUUGAUAGCUGGAGCUUUGCUUUGGUUUUCGACCGCGUCCAUUUCUUUCGAGAAUACCAAACCCAAAACUCCCGCUUUUCAUAGACGACAAGAAGUUCUCUGGUCGGCUUUUAACUUCGCCAAAUCUCAAAGACAACCUUGAAACGAUUAGACGCUGUUUGCUUAGAAUAAAAUUGGGAAGAUAUUCGUUGAGACUUUUUAUUCCUUUUAAACAGUGUUGGGCUUAAAAGUUGAAAAGCCCCAUAUUUGACAACAAGAAUUUCGUUUCUUUUUCAAACCACAACUAGCGAGAAAACGACAGCGUUGGGGACAAGAAGCAGAGAACAUAGGAGGUCCCUGUUCUAACCGAAUUGAACUGAUGUCGGCUGGCUCUUCUCCGGGGUUGAAGCAGUAGCUAAAACUGAAGCAAAGCGCAAGCGGUAAAGGGAGGAAGAAGAUGGAGGAUGGAGAGAUAGAGGAGGGAAUGGUGGUGGAAGAGAGCUCGCACUCACCAGCUCCGCUGCGUAGGCCUGAGAAAUCUCCUUACGAUAUGCUUAAAGAAAGCAAAGCAUCGGUCGAAGAGAUCGUCGCCAAAAUCCUCUACAAAAAGGAAAGCAAACCAAAAUCCCAACUCAGAGAACUCGUCACCCAAAUGUUUCUCAACUUUGUCACUCUCAGACAGGCGAAUCGUAGUAUAUUAUUGGAGGAGGACAAAGUGAAAGCCAAGACGGAACGAGCGAAGGCGCCGGUGGAUUUUACGACGCUGCAGCUUCACAAUUUAAUGUACGAGAAGAGUCACUAUUUGAAAGCUAUAAAAACUUGCAAGGAUUUCAAAUCUAAGUAUCCUGAUAUCGAGCUUGUACCGGAGGAGCAGUUUUUUCACGACGCCCCUGAAGCAAUCAAGGGUUCGAAUUUGUCUGAUGAUAGCUUGCAUAAUUUGAUGCUUAAAAGGCUUAAUUAUGAGCUCUUCCAGCGGAAAGAGCUAUGCAAACUUCUAGAAAGGUUGGAACAACAAAAGAAAAGUCUUUUGGAGAUAAUAGCAAAUCGGAAGAAGUUUAUGUCGAGCCUGCCUUCACACCUCAAGUCCCUUAAGAAAGCAUCAUUGCCAGUACAGAAUCAAUUGGGUGUUUUGCAUUCAAAGAAACUGAAGCAACAUCAUUCAGCCGAAUUGCUUCCACCUCCACUCUACGUGAUUUACUCUCAGUUCAUGGCCCAGCAGGAAGCGUUUGGUGAAGAUAUCAAUCUGGAGAUUGUAGGAAGUAUGAAGGAUGCUCAAGCUUUCGCUCGCCAGCAUGCAAAUAAGGACAAUGGUUUAUCUACUAGUGUAGAGAGCUCAAGGUUGGAGGAUGAUGUACCCGAUGAGGAAGAUGAUGGCCAGCAGAGGAGAAAGCGACCAAAGAGGGCUCCAAGCAAGGAGGCUAUUGACCAGGCAGGAGUCUAUCAAGUUUAUCCUCUGAAAAUUAUCCUUCACAUAUACGAUGAUGAGGCAUCUGAUCCUAGAUCCACAAAACUUAUCACUCUGAAGUUUGAGUACUUGUUAAAGUUGAAUGUUGUUUGUGCUGGGAUUGAAGGGUCAACUGAAGGACCUGAGUAUAAUAUCCUUUGCAAUUUAUUUCCUGAUGACACUGGCCUUGAUCUGCCUCACCAGUCAGCCAAGCUCUUCGUUGGUGAUGCUGCUACAUUUGAUGAAAAGAGAACUUCACGUCCAUACAAGUGGGCCCAGCAUUUGGCAGGAAUUGAUUUCUUACCUGAGGUUUCACCAUUGCUUAAUAGCCAUGAAACUUCAAAUAAUGAAACCAAAAGCAAUGCUUUUAUUUCUGGUCUUGCUUCUUAUCGCCAGCAGAAUCGAGUGCAGACAGUUGUGCAAAGAAUCCGCUCACGGAAAAAAGCUGAGCUGGCUCUUGUGGAACAGCUUGAAUCAUUUAUGAAGCUUAAAUGGCCUUCUCUGAAUUGUAAAAGUGUUCCGUGGGCCUUGCAUACCCCUUUAUGCAGUUUACAUAGUUGGUCAUCUGUAGCAUCCAAAGUCAAUGAGGCUUCAUCUCAACUUGUUACUGACGCAGAACCAGUCCAAGAACCUAUGGAUGUUGAUAUGAAUGGAAGAUCUGGUAUGUCGAAGGAAGAGCUGGAGAGUUUAAGGGAAGAUGGGGAGCUGCCAUCUUUGCUUUCAUUUCCAUCUGUCACAAAUGAUGCUAAACUUACUCCAUUAAAGGGAUCUAGUCUUAACCAUCCCAAGCAGUUGGCUUUGAUUUCAAAAAGCUUUUUGUCCCUAGUCAGUAAGGGAAAAUCACCAAGUUUCAAAAAACAUGAUGAUGGUUCUGACUUCAUUCUGGAGACUGAUAGUGAUCUGGAUGAGCCCACAGAGACAGAGACUGAAAACUCUGCUUCUACUCAAUGCUAUGAAAUAGCUGAAAAGUCAUGGGUGGACUAUGGUAUCAAGGAAUUUAUUCUUCUUUUAACUAGGAGAAUGGACACAAGUGGGAGGAGUAUGAAACUAGAAGCCAAGGUUAAAAUCAGUAUGGAAUACCCUCUUAGACCUCCUCUGUUUACAGUGAAUCUUUAUUCUUCUCCUGGAGAAAAUUCUUCUGAGAAUCACUAUUCUAAGUGGCAUAAUGAAGUCCGUGCUAUGGAGGCUGAAGUAAAUCUUCAUAUGUUAAAGAUGGUACCUCCAGAUGAAGAAAACUAUACAUUAUCACAUCAAGUGUACUAUCUUGCUAUGCUUGACUAUUACAUGGAUGAGGCAACUUCAUCUUCUGAAAAGAGGAAGAGUAGUUCUGUGAUUGAUAUUGGCUUGUGUAAACCUGUUAGUGGUAGACUUUUCUCUAGAUCAUUCAGAGGGAGGGAUCGUAGGAAAAUGAUAUCUUGGAAGGACAUGGAAUGCACCACUGGCUACCCUUUUUAGAAUUAAAGUUUCUGAUCUGAAAGUAAUGAUGUUAUUCUACGGAGCUGCCACUUUGCUAGAUGAGGUUCAGAGGAAGUAACUUGAACAUGAUAAACAGUGAACCUAUGAGUGAACAUGAGGCUGCUGUGGCAACUUGAAGGGCAUUGUUUCGAAAUUGAUCUGAUUCUCCAGAAUUGCUAAAUUAAAAAAAAAGGCAAGGGGUUUCUUUCAGCCUGUGAUUACACAAGUUGCAUUGCUAUCGGCUGAGGGCCUUGCGGGCUGGGGCCACUGGUUAUUAUCGAUUAGUUUUUUUCUUUAACUCACCAUUGAGAUGGAAAGGUAUGUCUGUUGCGCCUAUUUGUUGGUUUGGAAAUCUCUUUAAUUUGUUUCCCAAAUUUUGGGUAUAAAGGAUAAAAUUCAUUAUUAUAAACAGGCAUAUAGACAUUAUCCAAGCUGCAUGCCAUUUUGACCCCGUUUUCACUAGGUAUA